AUGCUUCGACACACUCUGGCUCGUACCGCUCUGCGGACGGGCAGAAGAGCGGCCAGCGGCUCGCGCGCUUUCUCUGUGUCUUCCCAGCGCCACGCGGAGGUGGAGCUUACAAUUGAUGGAAAAAAGGUUUCGAUUGAAGCUGGUUCGGCUCUAAUCCAGGCUUGCGAGAAGGCCGGUGCUACGGUCCCAAGGAAGCUCAUGAUUGCAGGUAACUGCCGUAUGUGUCUCGUCGAAGUCGAAAGAGCCCCCAAGCCUGUUGCCUCUUGCGCUUGGCCCGUUCAGCCUGGUAUGGUUGUCAAGACCAACUCUCCGCUGGCUCACAAGGCUCGCGAGGGUGUCAUGGAAUUCCUCCUGGCCAACCACCCCCUCGACUGCCCCAUUUGCGACCAGGGUGGUGAAUGCGAUCUCCAGGAACAGUCUCUACGCUACGGCUCCGACCGCGGUCGAUUUCACGAAAUCGGCGGGAAGCGUGCCGUCGAGGACAAGAACAUUGGCCCCCUGAUCAAGACCUCCAUGAACCGUUGCAUUCACUGCACUCGAUGCGUGCGCUUCGCCAACGACAUUGCUGGUGCUCCCGAGCUCGGCUCUACCGGACGUGGCAACGAUAUCCAAAUCGGUACCUACCUCGAGCAGAAUCUUGACUCCGAACUUUCUGGCAACGUUAUCGACCUUUGCCCCGUCGGCGCUCUCACCUCCAAGCCAUACGCUUUCCGCGCCCGUCCCUGGGAGCUAAAGCACUCCGAAUCGAUUGACGUUCUCGACGGACUUGGUUCGAACAUCCGCGUCGACUCCCGCGGUCUCGAAGUCAUGCGCAUUCUCCCCCGCCUCAACGACGAUGUUAAUGAGGAGUGGAUCAACGACAAGUCACGCUUCGCCUGUGAUGGUCUCAAGACCCAACGUCUGACCAUGCCCUUGGUUCGCCGCGACGGAAAGUUUGAGCCUGCUGACUGGGAGGAAGCCCUUACCGAGGUCGCUCGUGCUUGGGAGCAGAAGAAGCCUCAGGGCAACGAGUUCAAGAUCAUUUCUGGUGCACUGACCGAGGUUGAGUCCCUGGUGGUUGCCAAGGACAUGGCCAACAAGCUUGGUUCGGAGAACCUCGCUCUGGACACUCCCACCGGCAGCUCCCCCCUUGCUCACGGUGUUGAUGUCCGCUCCAACUACCUAUUCAACUCGACUAUUUGGGGUAUCGAGGAGACUGACUGCAUGCUGAUUAUUGGCAGCAACCCUCGUCACGAGGCUGCUGUUCUUAACGCCCGUAUUCGUAAGCAAUGGCUCCGCUCCGAGCUCGAGAUCGGCGUUGUUGGCGAGACCUUUGACUCUACCUUUGAGUUUGAGCACCUGGGUCUUGACCACGCUGCGCUGAAGGCUGCCCUUGCCGGCCCCUUCGGUAAGAAGCUGGCCGCUGCUAAGAAGCCCAUGAUCGUUGUUGGCUCUGCUGUCACAGACCACGUCGAUGCCAAGGCCUUCUACGAGACUGUCGGUGCUUUCGUCGAGAAGCACGCCGCCAACUUCCGCACUCCCGACUGGAAUGGCUACAGCGUUCUCCAAAGAGAGGCUUCACGGGCCGGUGCCUUUGAGGUCGGCUUCGUCACUCCCUCUGCCGAGGUUGCCCAGACUAAGCCCAAGUUUGUCUGGCUGCUUGGUGCUGAUGAGAUCAACGAGGCCGACAUUCCCAAGGAUGCUUUCGUUGUCUACCAGGGCCACCAUGGUGACCGUGGUGCUCAGAUUGCCGACAUUAUCCUCCCCGGUGCCGCUUACACCGAGAAGGCUGGUACUUAUAUCAACACCGAGGGCCGUGUACAAAUGACUCGUGCUGCUACCUCGCUGCCUGGCGCUGCUCGCACCGACUGGAAGAUUCUCCGCGCUGCCUCCGAGUUCCUCGGCGCUCCUCUCCCUUAUGAUGAUGUCACUGCCGUCCGCGAGCGCAUGUCCAUGAUCAGUCCCGCGCUCGCCGUCUACGAUGUUAUCGAGUCUGUUGCUCUCAGGGAGCUCAGCAAGGUACAGCUUGUUGACCAGAACAAGGGCUCCAAGGCCACAGGUUCUCCCUUGAAGAAGGCCAUUGAGAACUUUUACUUCACCGAUGUUAUUUCAAGGAGCUCACCGACCAUGGCCCGAUGCUCUGCCGCCAAGGCCAGCGGCGACCCCAGAACAAACCUCAUGGCCCCUGGCAUGGAGGAAGAUAGGCCAAUGGGUCAGAUUGCUUAUGGAUCAUAA